UCGCGGCGGCGCGGGGAGAGGCGCGGCGGGGAGCGGCGGACGGGCGCGCGGCGGGAGUGAAAACGAAAGCACAGAGAAGGUGAUUAACAGUUCCAGGGGCGCCCCGCUGACUUUUUUCAGCAGCUCAAUGGCCUCCCCGAAGAAGAAGCUUCAAGGUCUUGUUGCUGCAACCAUCACACCAAUGACUGAGCAUGGAGAAAUCAACUUUUCAGUCAUUGGUCAGUAUGUGGAUUAUCUUGUGGAAGAACAGGGAGUGAAGAAUAUUUUUGUGAAUGGCACAACGGGAGAAGGCCUGUCCCUGAGUGUCUCAGAGCGUCGCCGGGUCGCAGAGGAGUGGGUGACAAAAGGGCGGAACAAGUUGGAUCAAGUAGUGAUUCAUGUAGGAGCCCUGAGCUUGAAAGAGUCACAAGAACUGGCCCAACAUGCAGCAGAAAUUGGAGCCGAUGGCAUCGCUGUCAUUGCACCUUUCUUUCUCAAGCCAUGGAACAAAGAUGUCUUGAUUAAUUUCCUAAAGGAGGUGGCUGCUGCCGCCCCAGCAUUGCCAUUUUAUUACUAUCACAUUCCGGCCUUGACAGGGGUAAAGAUUCGUGCCGAGGAGUUGUUGGAUGGGAUUCAGGAUAAGAUCCCCACCUUCCAAGGGCUGAAGUUCAGUGACACAGAUCUCUUAGACUUCGGGCAGUGUGUUGAUCAGAAUCGCCAGCGACAGUUUGCUUUCCUUUUUGGGGUGGAUGAGCAACUAUUGAGUGCCCUGGUGAUGGGAGCCACCGGAGCAGUGGGCAGUACCUAUAACUACCUGGGAAAAAAGACAAACCAGAUGUUGGAGGCUUUUGAACAAAAGGACUUCUCUUCAGCCCUGAACCAUCAGUUUUGUAUUCAGAGAUUUAUCAACUUUGUGCUCAAACUAGGUUUUGGAGUGUCGCAGACCAAAGCCAUCAUGACUCUGGUCUCUGGAAUUCCAAUGGGCCCACCCCGGCCUCCACUGCAGAAAGCCUCCAGGGAGUUUAUUGAUAAUGCAAAAGCGAAGCUGAAGAGCCUGGAUUUCCUUCUUUCCACUGAUUUAAAGGAUGGAAACUUUGAAUCCUGUAGCUAGUGCCUCUCUCAUCAAAUCAGAGUGUGUACCUUGAAUAGUGCAUUCAUUUCUCAGAGACUUAGGUAAACUAAACUCUUUUCUAGCAAACGAAAUCUCACCUCAAUCAACAAGUGUUUAAGUAUCUUCUGUGAUCCUAAAAAUGUUUUAUUUUGUGAAGGGGCAAAAACUGUAAAAGGAGUCAUGAGCUCUGAGUCAUUUGAUAUUUCACAAAGUUUUUGUGGAGAAAUUUCUACUUAUAUGGAUGAAAUGGAAUCAAGAGGAAAAUUAUAAUGAUUCAUUCUAUCUGCCUUUAGGAGCUUUCAUUAUUUUGAUUUCUGAUUCUUAAUCCUAUUUUAAAAUUCUCUAAUUUUAAACCAUUAUAAUGUACUUUCAUUUUAAUAAAUAUUCAUUUGGGCUCUAGGACAACUCUGAGUUUAGGCAGGUACACUUUAAUGCCAAAUUACAACGUGACUCAACUCUACACAACUAUUAACACCCCAACUCACUUCACUGCUCAGUCUAAUUCUAGAAUAGAAUUCUAGUUAAUUCAGAUUAACUGUGAUGUCUCAGUUUCCCCCCAAAACACUAGGUUGGGUGAAGACUUGCUUUAGUUUUUACUAAAGGGCCCAUUUAGAGUAAGUUUCCAUGAAAAAAGAAAAGGUUCUCCCCAAGUAUGAACGCAAGUUUCACCUCUUGCUAUACAGGGGAUUUCUAAAAGCUCAAAGUCUCAAAGAACCAAAGAGCUCUCCUGGGCACCACACACUUUCCCUUUCCCCAUUGGGAAGAAAGUAUCUCCCCCAUAGUGCCCUGAAUUAUUCUAAGUGAAGGCCAACGUCCCUUCAAUGGUAAGCCCGGGGGCUACUAUUAUUUCCUGAUCACACUUCCAGCACAUUUCUUCAGUGAAGAAAGAUUUGGGGAGAACCCAGAGAUUUCACUCUAGCUUUCCCUACACAUCCUCUUUACUCUCUUCUUUCUCAGUAUGGCUGCUUAGUCUCCUUUCCAACAAAUCCUGGUGAGUGCUUCCCAGUAAUAAAGUGUAUUGUCAGUAAACCCUUGGUAAUUGUAAACCUUACUUUCCAGGCUAUCAAUUACCUAGGAUUUUGUUUUUGUUUCAUCUCUAAUGAGUCUCCUCAUUGGCAAAAGGGAAGUAUUGAAAUUCGUAACAGUUUUACUCUCUAUAUUUUAUCUCUUAAAAAGAGAAACCUUUUUGAAAUGUGAAUUUGAAAUUAUCUGUGGAUUUAGUUACCCUUGCCAAUUGAUCAGCUGGUUAAGGGUUAUAUUUGUGGCUCCUCACUCUUUUUUUUUUAUUGCUCAGGAAUGACAUGUGCCGUUUUCUCCUAUUUCCUUCUCCUUCAAGAGUAAGACAUCAGAGUAAGAAAGUGAACUGCAGUGACUUAUGUGAGCUUAUAUUCUCUCACUGAAACUUUUCUUUAUAGCCAUUAAUUUGAAAAGGAAGAAAAGGGAGAUUUUUGGUUGAGGAGGUAUCAUAUCCUUACAUAAGUAUACUAAGGCCAAAUUAAUUUUUUCAAUGAAGAUAAAUCUUGACUAUCCAGUAAAGAACUCUGUUUUUCUGUUUUCAUUCUUCUGAAGUCAGUGCUUAGAUAGCUUUGAAGAUGUUUAAUGAAAUCUUGUGAACACAAAGAGAAAUAAGAGAAUUUUUUUUAAAUGACCAGGGUUGAGUUUAGCUCUGUGUGUUCUAACAUCCAACUCCUUGGAAAUGAGUGUUACACAGCAAUAGUUACUAAUAAUGCCUUUUAUCAAAAGUAAACUUUUAGAGUAUUAUAAAUUUACUGUUACCUUUGAAUUUAGUUUUUAAUAUUGAAACUAAAAUAAUGAUAUGAAAUUCUUCACUCAGCACACUAAAAGUGGAUUUUUAACCAUGUUUUUUUCAAGAUAGAAUUCUGAGAUUAAUUCAUUGAGGCUGGUGGAAGGACAAAGUGAUUCCAGGGACUGGUUUUACUUAGGAUUUAUUCACAGAUGUAGGAAAAUGCCAUCUCACUAGUGUACAUGGGGAGUGGGUAAUGCAUAUUCUUCCCUGAAAGUCUGUUUGCUACAACUUGAGAGAAAUUUCCUUUUUAUGAUCCAUGAAGGGUACAUAAAAUCCCUUCUGUCAGGAAUCCGAAGCCUGAGAGAAGGCUAGGUUGGGCUGGGGUAAGGGACAUCCUAUAAUGACUGUAGUCCAAGACCAGGAUCCAACUGGGCUCCCUUGGGCUUUCACGUGAGGAAGAAUGGAGUGGGACUUACAUGCCUGUCAAAGUAAGAAGAGUAAAGAAUGGAUCUAAUCCGUUUAACCACUAUCUUUAUCACACGUUCACUCAACCCAAUUUCCUUCAGUUAAACUAAGAAGGAAUCUUGGAAUCAAAGUUGUACAAAUGGCAGAGCUAAGCCCAAGGUAGAGGUGGGGCAUUGCCUUGCACUCUGGGUUCCUGGGGCUGAGAAAUGGCUACUUGGUGGACAGAAUAACCCAAAUCAUGUUUUCACUGCCAACUCCUUUGGUGACUCUUGAGAAAUCUUUUGAUACAUAGGACACUUUUUUAGUACUUUAAGUUAGACAACCAGAAGGAAAACUUUACAGAAAUUUCCUAAAUCUUAAUCACACAUUAGCUUAGUAAAGAUAAUGGAACAGAUUCCACAAAAUGCACAAAAUGUAUAUAGAGCCUAUAUCCAGCAGGACUUGUUAAGCUGUGUCUAUAUACCAAUUACAGAGUGUUCAAGUUGUAUGCCAGAUGGUGCACCUAGGUGCUUGGACAUCAUGUUCACCUCCAAUAUUUAUUCUGCACAGCAGCUAGAAUGACCUUCAUUAAUGCCAAAUUCCCAGAUUUGAGCCAGAUGUUGGAUGAAGUCCUGUAAGCACAGAAGAAAUUUUCAAAUAUCAACCUUUGAUGUGAGGGACGGGCCUCUCACCCAUCAGCAAGCACACAUAACCAAGUUAUCUUUGAGGUCCUGGAAGCGGGCUCCCACUGACAGGCAAGCAUGUCAGGGUCUCAGAGUGAUCAAGAGUCCAAGUCUAGUUGGCCCCGCUUAAGAUCCCCUGUCUCAGGUAGGAGGAGUUGGCACCAGGACAACAUACCACAUUCCUGGGAAUGCUCAGGCUACACUGCAACCAAGUGAUCAAUCUCAGAACUUGAGGGAAUGGGCACAAUCUAAAGCAUCUCUUACUAAGACUGCAGGUAAUAUUCACAAGCCUGGGAGGUCUGCAGGUUGCAGUUGCUAUCUGGACUCUCCAGGACAUUGACCCAGUUAGUAUUGUCCUUCUCCUUUCCCUAAGGAAAUCACUUCAGUCAGCUUUGAGUUCCCAAUGUGAGCAGCCCUCCUGAAUCCUUCCACUGAGUAUUCUCUACCUUUUGCUGCCUCUCUUUCUCUGUCUCUCAUGAAUGAAUGAAUAAAAUCUUUUUUAAAAAUG